GGCCCCGCCUGGGGGCGUGCCCAGCGGCAGCGCGGCGCUGUCCGCCCGCCGGAGCCCGCCGCGAGCAAGUGCCGCGGGAGAGCUGCAUGGCGACAGCGGCUGGGACGGGGAGCAGAGACAUGGCCCACAAAUGCGACGUGAUCGUGGUCGGGGGCGGCAUCUCAGGUUUGUCAGCUGCCAAAUUGCUGUCUGAGUCUGGGGUCAGUGUGGUGGUUCUUGAAGCCCGGAACAGAGUUGGGGGAAGGACAUUCACUAUCAGGAACAGUAAAGUGAAUUACGUAGAUGUUGGUGGAGCAUAUGUGGGACCUACCCAAAACCGGAUUCUCCGCCUGGCAAAAGAGCUGGGUGUUGAGACCUAUAAAGUGAAUGUAGACGGGCAUAUGGCCCAUUAUAAGGGGGGGAAGUCACGCUAUAUCACAGGCAUCAGCCCUUCAACAUGGAAUCCCUUCGUUUACCUGGAUUACAAUCACUUCUGGAGGACUGUGGACAAGAUGGGAAAAGAGAUUCCUCCUGAAGCACCAUGGAAUGCUCCACAUGCUGAAGAAUGGGACAAAAUGACCAUGGAAGAGUUGAUAAAUAAGAUCUGCUGGACCAAAGCUGUUAAAGAUUUUGCCACCCUUUUUGUGAACGUCAACGUCACGUCUGAGCCUCAUGAAGUCUCUGCGCUCUGGUUCCUGUGGUACGUGAGGCAGUGUGGGGGCACAGCCAGGAUUUUCUCCAUCUCCAAUGGGGGCCAGGAAAGGAAGUUUAAAGGGGGCUCUGGUCAGAUAUCAGAGAAAAUAAUGGAGCGUCUGAAAGACAGAGUAAAGCUGGAGAGACCUGUGGUCUGUAUCGAUCAGACAGGUGAUAAUGUCAUUGUGGAGACUCUAAACCGUGAGAUAUACGAGGGCAAGUAUGUGAUCAGUGCUGUGCCCCCCAUCCUGACAACGAAGAUUCAUUACAAACCAGAGCUGCCACCGAGGAGGAACGAGUUAAUCCAGCGUUUGCCCAUGGGGUGUGUCAUAAAAUGCAUGGUCUACUACAAGGAAGCCUUCUGGGAGAGGAAAGGUUACUGUGGUUGCUUCGUCAUUGAGGAUGAAGAGUGUCCUAUUGGAAUAACCAUCGACGACACAAAACCUGAUGGAUCUUUCCCUGCAAUUAUGGGUUUCAUCCUUGCCAGAAAGGCUGUUAAGCUGGCCCAUCUUAGUAAGGAAGAGAGGAAGAAGAAGAUCUGUGAGGGUUAUGCCAAGGCAAUGGGAAUGGAAGAGGCUUUACAUCCUGUACAUUAUGAAGAAAUGAACUGGAACACGGAGCAAUAUUCGGGGGGUUGUUACACAGCCUACUUCCCACCGGGCAUAAUGUAUUCUUAUGGAAGGAUCAUUCGCCAGCCUGUUGACAGAAUCUACUUUGCUGGCACGGAGACAGCUACCCAAUGGAGUGGAUACAUGGAGGGGGCUGUGCAGGCAGGAGAGAGAGCAGCCAGAGAGAUAUUGUACCGUAUGGGGAAGAUCUCAGAGAAUGAAAUUUGGAUGCCAGAGCCAGAGUCAAAGGAUGUUCCAGCCAAACCAUUCCCGACCAGCUUCUGGGAGAGGAACCUGCCAUCUGUGCCAGGGCUGCUGUGCCUGCUUAGCUCUACCAUGUGUUUCACCUCUGUGGCUGCCGUGGGGCUGUGUGCUUAUAAAAAGGGACUACUAAUUCGGAACUAGUGGAGACCACAUGUCCAGUGGAAGCUGCAUCAUCUUUCCUUUUACCAGAAGAGUGUCAUUUUUGGACAGAAGUAUGGACAGCUGGAAAGGGCAAAAGUUGUUCUUGUGAUUUUUCUUCUUAGCACUAUAAUUAAUUCAUCGAAUCACCUGCAGUUGCUCCCAGCUAAACAGAAACAAAUCAACCAUGGGGGCAUUUUUCCAGUUUGCCUUUUCCUUGUCCCUUUGUUCUGAUUGGACAUGAUGAUACCAGUGGUGUAUUCCUAAUACAGGCAAGGCAAAAUGCAAACCUCACCUUUCCCAGAGAGGCACAGAGGUCUUGGAGGAUUCAUUUGUUUCGACUUGCUGCUUUAUUUGAGUAGCACACGAGCUAACAGAUGCCCUUCUGUAUUCACCUCGGUUAGCAGCUCAGACCGUCUGAAGUUAUUCCCACAGCAUCCCCAGUGCACAGAGAAAGAUUAGCAUGCCAAUCAGACAUGGAAUUGCCAAAUUAAUUUCCAAAUGCAUUUGAUUAAUUAUUAAUCAUCGCAACGUGAAACUUAACUGUGAGCUGGAUGAAAAGAGCUAAUUGGCAUGAAGCAGCUCAGUAAAUGGUGAGGGAGGAAGCGUGAGUGGACUUUAUUCUGCCCGCUACCGAGCAAACAUCUGCGCUUUGCUGUUCUUCAGACUGCCUGUGUCAGUGUGGCACGGCUGUGGCAUGGCUCUCAGUUACUCCGUGGCCCAAGACCACCUGAUCCAGCCCAGGCAUUUGCUGUUAAAGUGAAGUGGAUUAACACCUACUGACCUGCAGCAGGUGCCAGCUGUUGUUUUCUGCAGGGCAGCAACUUCCUGGCUCCCUGCCCCUUGUUUUGCUCAUGAUCCAUACCACCUUCCUCCAAAAGGGAGAAGCACAUUUGGGGCUUGAAUUACUGCCUUGUAAAUUACAGUAAUUGGAUGCAUCUGCCUGCUCCACUCUUACUAUGUUCAUGACAGACUUAAAAUAAUCACUUUAAUGUUUAACUGACAAUGUACUGGCAUUAUGCAGUCCUCUUUUUUGCCAUGAAAUGUGAGAAUUGUAUGUAUCCAUGAACUCAGCUGUCAUUCAACGUGGGUGAAAUGUGCCUUUCAAUAACUCUGACACCUUAAUAAGAGGAGCUCUUCUAUAAAGUUUUCUUCAGAUUUU